UCAACAGCCAAUAAAAAAAAAUCACCAUGAACAAGAAAUCAUUCUUCCACCUUUGGAUCACUACCCUCUUCUGCAAUUCACUAACAGAGUCAGUUGCAUCGGUCACAGGCGGCUCAAAAUAUGAAGCUUGCAGGCCAACAAACUGCGGUAGCGUUCCCAAAAUAAGCUACCCCUUCAUCGUCGAAGGUGCAGGAGCAGACUACUGUGGCCUCCAAAGCUUCAGAAUCUCUUGUAAACAAAAUAGACCAUUUUUUUCGAUCAACAAAGGGUUUUCUUUCCUCAUAAAAGACAUCAGCUACGAACACCACUCCUUUCGACUACUAGCGAUCGACAACGACGCCGUUGACGCUUCUUGCGUUGAACCGAAAGUAACAUUUGAUAUUGAUCGAAAUUUAACAUAUAGUUCAAGCCACGCCUUCGUUGUGAUAUUUUACAGAUGCAGAACAACUUCAUUUCUUCCUGAUUUGGAGAAAAUACCUUUCGUAAGUCCUUGUGUUGAUAAUUCAUCAAUAUCGAAUUCCACUGCUACUCGUAACUCCCUUGUGGCUUUGGUACAAAAGGACGAUAUGUUGGGAACAAUUGGUGAAGAGUCGAACAAGCACUGCGAGGCUCAAGUUGCGAUACCGGUUGAGUUGAAUGACGACGUGAGUUCUGGUCAAACCAUAAGAACGGUCAACUAUGCUGAGCUGUUGACGAACGGGUUUAGCCUGACAUGGAAUGGACGAGAUAUAGAUCAGUGUACCGAGUGUGAGAGAAGCGGUGGCCGAUGUGGGUUUGAGAACGGGAAUAGUGCUUGUUACUGUCCCAAUGGAACCACUUCUUCGAGCUGUGGUACUCAUUCUACUGACACUGGUGCUGCUAAUAAUAGUACUGGAAAACCAGGAACAAACAGCUCGGCCAUCAAAACACCAAUGGAAAAACCAGGAAACAGCUCGGUCGUUAAAGCAUUAUUAAUUGGUAAAAUAAUUAUCAUGUUCAUUGUUUAUUGUGUUUGAUGAAAUUAUAUCUCACUUUACUAAAAAAAAAAGUAUUUCAUAUAUAAUAAACUAUAUAUGGUUUUAAUGGAGGUGAUGAUUAUUGGAAUCUAGCUAGGUAUAAAAUAUUGAUGCAGCAAAUCACUUUAAACUUUUACCUUCUUUUCACACACACAUACAAAAUAAACAAAUAAAUUAAUUAAUGAAGUAUCAGCGAGUGCAAUAAUUCAAUUAUAUCACAAAUUUAGUUGAUUAAAAACAAUAUAGGAAUAUAGAUACUUUAUUAAUAUUUGAUUUAUAUAUAUAUAUAGAUCCUGGUGCAAUUGUGUAUAUUAUUUCAAUUAAACAAUUAAUGAUAAGAUCAUG